AAAAAAAAAAAAAAAAGUCGUUCAUUUUAUCCUCCAAUCAAAAUACAUAUAAAAAAAAUCUCAAAAUUGACUGUUAUUACAGCAGCACACCCUGUUAACAAUAGCUGUCAUUUACUAAUAUCCAUUCUAAUACACAAAUGCUCCGACGAUCAACAGUCUUUUAUGGAUCGAUUAGGAGAUUUGCAUCUAUCAGUGAUCUUCAUUUACCUUCUUCUAGAUCUACACAAAUAAUAAAUAAAAAGACUAAUUUGAUCGGUCUAACCUUGGAAGAAUUACAAAAUGAAAUAAAGAGAACAAUACCACAAGCAAAGAAAUACAUUGCUUUACAAAUCUGGCAACACAUGUAUAAAAGAGGAAAAACUCAUUUCAAUGAUAUGCCAAACCUUCCAAAAGAUCUUCGAGCAGAAUUGAUGAGCCAAUAUGAAAUUAAUUAUGGUGAAGUCAAGCUUGAUAAAAUAGCACUUGAUAAAACAAGAAAGUUUUUGAUUGGAUUCAAUACUAAAGAAGAUCCUAGAGCCAUUGUAGAGACUGUGAUUAUACCCGAAUCUAAACGAUCUACUUUAUGUGUUUCAUCUCAAAUAGGUUGUUCUCUCAAAUGUAGUUUUUGUCAUACAGGAACUCAAAAAUUAGAAAGAAGCUUAACAUCUGGAGAAGUUGUAGGGCAAUAUAUGAUUGCAGCCAGUCAUUCUGAUGAUUUUCCUUUAAAUAUUGAAAAUAAAAAAAGAAUCAUAUCGAAUAUGGUUUUCAUGGGACAAGGUGAACCCCUUUAUAAUUGGAGGAAUGUAAGUAAGGCAAUCAAAAUAUUGACAGAUGCUGAUGGAUUAAAUUGGUCAAAAUCAAAAAUUACAAUAUCGACAUCAGGCGUGGCACCAUUGAUUCCUAAAAUUGCAACAGAAUUAGGUGUUUCACUGGCAAUCUCACUUCAUGCGACUCAUAAUUCAAUAAGGGAUAUUUUAGUGCCUUUAAACAAAACAUAUCCGUUAGAGACAGUAUUAGAGGCUUGUAGGAUGUAUGCUCAUGCCAUGAAUAAUCACAAUAAUAGAAAAAGAAUUACAUUUGAGUAUGUCAUGUUGCAUCAAGUUAAUGAUUCACUUUUUGAGGCAAAAGCUUUAGUUAAGCUUUUAAAACAGUUACCAGCCCAUGUUAAUUUAAUACCUUUUAAUCCUUGGCCUGGAAGUAAUUAUGAGUCAACAAAGAUGGAACAUAUCGAAAGAUUUGCACAAACAGUAAUAGAUGGGGGUGUUCAUUGUACCAUUCGUCGACCAAGAGGACAAGAUAUUAUGGCAGCAUGUGGCCAAUUAAAAAGCUCAGAAGAAAAAAAGAAGAAAAAGAAAGUUUUUUAAUUUUACUGUAAUAAAUUGGUCUUUUAACAACAACACAGCAAGUAUUCCUUUAAAUAGAAAAAUUAAACAAAAAUAGUAAACUUGUAAACCCG